AUGGAUAUUAUAGAUGAACCAGCCGACCCAUUUGCCAUCAAGCAACUAGUCAGCCUAGAUUCAGCGAAUAACAUUGAGAGGGAAACAUUCGUGCCUAAAAGCACUGAAAGAGCCCCCAAAUAUCGUGAUUAUAGCCUCUCUACAAGAGAGCUUUUUUUUAAAAACAAGAUAGAAAAGCUGACGUCAGUCAAGGCUGCUGCACUUCAUGUAGGUGUCAAAGAAAGCACUGCGCGCAUCUGGUGGAAAAAAUACCAAGAAGAUCCUGAUUCAUUUGUUCUCGGCAAGAGCACCAAUCGCCAGAACAGACCGAAACCACAGCUUCAGGAUACACAUAAGGAAUGCUUGAAACAAUUUUACGACGAGAAUCCUAAUGCCUAUAGGAUGCUGCUGAAACGCUCACGAGCAAGUUCGAAGGCCUGA